UUUCGCGUUCCCCUUUUCUCCCUCGCUCACGGAUCCGGGGUGCGGCCGGGCCACCGAUCCAGACGUAAACCGAGACGCCACUCGCCACGCGUGCCCGGAGCCGGACGCCGCUGAUGGCGACCGAUGCCGACGACGCGCCGCUGCUCGCCGAGGAGCCGCUCCGCCCCGGGGCCUGCAGCCGCGAGCUCGAGCUACGGGAGUUCCGCGACCGCUACGUGAUCCGCUCGAUCGACGGCGGCGGCGCCUUCGCCGUCUCCCGCUCCAACGGCUCCCUCUCCCGCCUCUCCGCAGAGGAGGCCGCGGCGGGAAGCGAUUGUAAGGUGUCGAAAAUUUAUGGAGUGGUUGGCAUGAUCAGGCUGCUUGCCGGAAACUAUGUACUUGUCAUCACUUCCCGAAAGGAUGCUGGCUCAUAUCAGGGCUCCCCUGUUUACAAUGUGAACUCGAUGAAAUUCUUAUGCUGCAACGAGGCUAUGAAGCAUUUAACUGCACAGGAGAAAAGGGAUGAGGCAUAUUUCAUGUCUCUCCUGAGAAUCGCAGAAACUACUCAUGGGCUGUACUACUCUUAUGACAGGGAUUUGACACUAAACUUGCAGAGGGCAUCAAAGUUGCCUGCCAGGCGAGUACAUAAACCACUGUGGAAACAGGCUGACCCACGUUUUAUUUGGAACAAAAAUUUGCUGGAGGAGUUUAUUGAAUCUAAGCUUGAUGAGUUUAUCAUCCCACUGGUCCAAGGGAGCUUUCGGACAGUGCAAUUUACCUUGAAGGAGGCACCUGUCAGAAUAACAUUAUUCUCACGUAGAUGCAACAGGCGUCUAGGAACAAGAAUGUGGAGAAGAGGUGCAAAUCUUGAAGGUGCCACAGCUAAUUUUGUUGAGACAGAACAGCUGGUAGAGUAUGAAGGUUUGAUGUCUUCAUUUAUACAGGUUCGAGGCUCCAUUCCACUUCUCUGGGAGCAAAUAGUGGAUUUAAGCUAUAAACCAUGUCUCAACAUAAUUCAACAUGAAGAAAUGCCGAAGGUUGUCCAACGCCACUUUCAUGAUCUUUCACAAAGAUACGGGGACACAGUUGUUGUUGAUUUGACAGAUAAACAAGGUGAUGAAGGAAAUUUAAGCAAUGCAUUUGCUGCUGAAAUGGAAAGGAUUCCUAACAUCAGGUAUGUGCAUUUUGAUUUCCAUCAUAUCUGUCGUGGAGGGAACUUUGAUAAUCUGCAAGCUCUAUACAAUCAAAUUGAGGAAGCUAUUCAGAAACAAGGAUAUUUUCUUAUCAACACCAAAGGAGAGAUAUUGCUGGAGCAAAAUGGCGUAGUUAGGUCCAAUUGCAUAGAUUGCCUGGACCGUACAAAUGUAACUCAGAGUUUCCUUGCGAGAAAAUCAUUGGACUUACAGCUGCAACGUAUGGGGGCUCUAUCAUCAUCUGGCAGCAUUUCUCAAUCUGAAGACAUCAGUGAUGCCUUUAAAAAAAUAUGGGUUGAGCAUGGAGAUGAGCUAAGCCUGGAAUAUGCUGGUUCUUAUGCAUUAAAGGGGGACCUAGUGAGGUAUGGAAGGCAGACAUUACCUGGAUUGAUUAAAGAUGGCAUGAGUGCUCUUUCACGAUAUUAUUUGAAUAAUUUUCAUGACGGAGUGCGACAAGAUGCUCUAGACCUUAUCAGCGGGUACUAUGCGGUCAGCAAAAGCAUCUCUUCUCCUUUUCAAAAUGGUGGAUUUGAAUCUGCAACGUAUCUUCCUGUGGCUUCGGCGAUCAUAGUUGGUGGGAUUACUGCCACCACAUUCACUCUUAGUCAAGCAGUUGGACGGAAUGCACAACACUUCAUCACCUCCAUUAUCUGUGCUGGUUUGACUGCCGGAGUGGUAGCCUUGGUGAAAGCAAAUGGAAAGCAGUUUUGCUCUAAACCUCGUUUGUGUGGUCUCAUAUAAUUCUCUAUUUACACCGAUGACACUGACAUGAACCAUCCCCUAUGUUUGUAGUCCUCAGUACCUAAAAGAGAAAAGAACCUCAGCAAGUAGGAGUAUAUCUAUAAGACUAACUGGCCCUGUAGACUAACACCUUAAAUUAUACUCAGUUUUUUUUUAUUUAGUACACAUUGUCAUAAGAUUUUGGUGAUGAGCCAUGUAAUGAGCGACAGAUGGCCUUCUGGUCCUGUAAACUGAAGUUAAUAUGUAACAGCAGAUUUCUUCCUAUUCUAAUUGGAAUAUCGUAUGACAGUAUGCAAAAUUGCAGAUGUAUUUCCUCUGCUCCA